AAAAGUUUCCUAGCAGCACAAAGGCAUUACUUCUACCACUAAAUCUCAAUCAUUCAGAAAACCAUUGCUGCACUUUGGACAUACUAUUUUAUAUCUAUCAUUUGGAUGUUAUGGAUAAGAACAGUACUUACUCACCAGUUUCGUGGCCACCAAAGUUUUGGGCACGUAACAAUAGCCUUCACAGUGUCCAUGUUGAUUGGACUAGUGAUUGGAGGGAUCAUCUGGGCCUUAUUCACCUGCUUGUCCCGUCGCAGAGCUAGUGCCCACAUUUCCCAGGGGAAUUCUUCACCCUUCACUCGCCGGUCCAGACCCACAUCCCACUCUUCUAGCAGGACUGGAUUUUACCGUAACAGCAGCUGUGAACGUCGAAGCAACCUCAGUCUGGCCAGCCUCACCUUCCAGCGACAAGCCUCCUUGGAGCAAGCCAACUCUUUCCCCAGGAAGUCAAGUUUCCGCGCAUCCACCUUCCACCCUUUCCUGCAGUCUCCUCCCCUCCCUGUGGAGACAAACAGUCAGCUGAUCACUCUCACUCCCACCAACACCACUACAACCCUCGUGGGAAGCACAACCAACAGUUUAAGUCGACCUGAAUUCCACUGGUCUAAUAACAGCCUCCGUAUCUGCCACUCCACACAAACCCCUCCUCCUGCAUAUGAAACCAUCAUAAAAGCAUUCCCAGACUCCUGAGAUAGGUCUUUGCCACAAGCACACAGCCAUUUUUGGAGGAACCUCAAUCAUCUCAAGCAAUUUUCUGUGCAUGCUGAAGAUCUCCAAGAAGUCUCCAGCUGCUGUGAUACAUUGCAGAGGGCAUGUGCACUGCCAGGAGGCAGGUAGUGCUGAUUUCUUAGGGAGUUAUGUCCCACCAUCCAAUGAAUCACUUGUUUUUUGCACUACUGGCUCUAAUUUACUGCUUUGCAACAUGCUGACAUACUUCUACUGCUGUAUUGUAGCCACUAUAUUUUUUUCUUUAGAGGAAAGAAAAUACUGCUGCAUUAAAAAAAAAUGGAUCAUUUCUUGAAGAGAAUUUUAGAAAUUACUGAUAUAGACAUUAUUGCAAUUUUCACUAUUCUGUUCAUAUUUAAAUAGCAAACAAGCAAAUUAAAUACAAAAGUUCUGGUUCUAUGCAUUUUCCCAAGGAUAUUAAACUUCCAGUGAACACUUCCAUUAACCACCUUCUCACUAUAACCGUACAACAGCUUCUAGCUGAGGAACCUUAGACAAAGACCAUACAGAAGAUUUAACAUCACACUUCCAUCCAUGGUUCCGUUGAUUGCAGAGAACCUUAAAAAGACUCCAAGUUAGAGCUACUUGUAUGAAAUUCCUCACAGUAUGAAAAAAAUUUUGAGGUAUAUCACCCCUCAUGUAAAGAGAAGUUUUGAAGAGCACAUUAAGUGCUUGAAGAAUUUUCUAUCUCCUGCCAGCUGAAGAGAUAGCCACCUUUUAAUGCCCAGUAAGGCUGUAUGGGAACAGAAAACCUGAUGUCUCAUUUUUCUGGUUAUGGUCAUCAAAAUAAGCAUUACAUGAAUGACCACUAGUUUUUAAUUAAGUUUCCUGCUUUGCUGUGAGAUUGCUCAUUUCCUUAUUUAAAAUUAUAUUUCUCAAAUAGCACCAAAUUUUAAUUCUUCCUGGAAAGUUAUUCACUGACAUCUUGCCUUUCAUUAACAGCAUUUUAGACAUUUACAGCUGAACACUGAUAUUGUACAGUUGUGUGUAAUAUGAAGAUAAAGAUGGAGUAUUUAGUUAAGGUUAACUUACAUUCUUGACUGUUACACUUGUUCUGUCAAGCUAACCACUGUCUUAGUUGAGACUAAUUGCACCAACAUGAGAAGUUCAGGCUUUAGAACUAACACAGAUAGACUGGGGCAGUUUUAAGAUUUAUUGUAUCAAUUUUCUGUUAGGUAUUGCACUUUUGAAUAAAGACAAAAGAAUUUCCACAAGUAGAAGAGUCUUACUCCUCACUUAGAAACAGACAUUUAAUUACUGAAUCUGCUUGACACCCACCACCUGAAGGACCCUUGAUCCUGAGAAGUUGUUCCUGUGCUUCAGCAGAGGGUCUGAGUCCUUACCUGUUCUCUGAAUUCAGCAGAUUUUGAGAAUGGGCAAAAUGCUUUACACCUUACUUUGCUAUUGGUGUCUAGCAGCAUGCAUUUCUCUGCAGAGUCCAACAUCCUUUGUGCAGCACUGUUGAUCUCUUAACUACAGUCUUCCAGCCACAAAUCUUUCCAUCUGCAAACAUUGCUACAAACAUUGCACUUACAAGCAUUACUUAUUAUAAACUAAAAGUAUUCUUUCUUAUAAAAGCAAGUUAUUAUGCAUUUAUUUACUGGCUGGCUUUCAUGUUUUAUUUUCAGCAUACAAAUUUUUCUUCCCUUCUAGAGGAAUGUAUGUCAGUGCUAGAACAACCACUUACUGUGUUUACAUUUUUUCAUAGCAGACACUUUGAGUUCCAGUACACUGAAGACUUGCUGAUAAGGCUACAAAACUGCAUUUGGCUAAUCACAGGCUACAGGCUUAAAAAAAAAAUAGUCCUCUGGAGAAAAGUUGUGUUAUUUUAUUCUUUAAUAAUAUUUUUUCUUUUACAGUCUAAUUGAGUCUGAUGAACUUCAUUGCAUACAAGUGCUUUCACAGUCUCCUAGUUCUAGAAUAGGUGACACUGCCUUUUCUGAUGUGCUUUCAAAAAGCAGAGUUCACACUUGCUCCCUUUGCAUAUUGAGUCUAGCGGAAUGUUUGAAAAGACAGCUUGGCAAUACAAUACCUAAUUGGCCAAAACUGCUUCAUCCUUGAGAGAAAUCAUUCCAGAUGAGUGAUUUUUUUUACUCAUGGUUUAAGAAGAAAGUUACAUAUUUUCUUAGCAUAUUACUUAUAUUAUAGCAUAGUUAGCAUACAAUGUAGACAAGGAAGUUUAAAUGUACUGUAUUUUUUAUUGUGAAUACUGGAUAUCAAAAUAUUUUUUUAUUUCCCUUGGAUUAGGGAGAUUAAAAACACAGAUUGUUUGACGCAUAACCAGGAUUGCUGGAUAUCAGUUUUAACAAUAUCUGAAGUUGGUGUUUUGUAAGUUCUCCAGAAGAUGCAGAAUGUGAAAUAAAGAUAGGUGUUGUAAUCUUGAUCUUAUGGGUUUUAUUUUUCAAAAAUUGACGUGUUGGCUUUUACAAAAAAUACUUAUAUGGAAGUUUACUAUCUUGAAAUAUUCAGGCUGAUGUAGUUGGGAAUGUUAACAGAAACUUGAUCUUUCUUCUUCUCUGUGGAAAGACCAUUGAUGAUGAUAGUACAUGAAGUUAGCAUUGGAAUGUGCAAUGUUAGAACACUUUCCAAGGACUGCAUGUGAAAAUUAAAGCAAUUAUUAUUAGGAAAAUGCUUUGUUUUAUGUUAAUAGGAAUUAACUAUUUUUUAAAUGAAAUGAGAGUUCAUCAAAAGACAUAACACUUCAGGGCAAUAUGAAUAUCCCUCACCAAUAAGGUGAUCACAGAUUUAAAAUUCAGUGGUUUGCCAAUACUUGGACUUCAAUCUACAAAGCAUUUGCUUUAAGCAUGUGGUCAGUACUUACAGAGUGCCUGCUUAAAUUGCAUAGGAUUGACCUUCAAAUUGAACUGCAAAAUUCAGGGAUCACCUAGGCUAUUAUAAUUAAUCAUUAUAAUACUUUUAAUAACUAUAACGAUUAUAUAAUAAUUAUAUCAAAAGAUUAUCACUCCUCAUUUAUAGUCUCUGGUUGCAAUAUAAAAUAUUGGGAGGAAGAACCAAUUUAUUUUAAAAGUAUUUCUGCAGAUUUCAGGGCAUAUACAAGCAAUUAAUUAAGUUCCACAACAGAUUUGUAUAUAACAUUUUUUAACAGUGAGAAGCAGUAAUUAAAGAGUAUGACAAGAAUCACACAGGAAGAAAUAGACAGAACUUCAAUCAUCCUGAUCCCAUGACACUUUGUCCUGAAGUGAACAGAGCUACUUCUUUUCACAAAGAGAAUUUUGUUUUAAUUGCCCAUAUGCACAAAACCUAUUUCUCUACUUCUAGUUCAAUAUAGAACAACAUUUACCAGCUCUUUUUCUGAGUCUAGUUAUGUUCCAAUGUAUUUGCAGAAGUAGUUUGUUCAGUAUUCCUUGACUUUUCCCUAUUGAAGAAUUUCUGAUUAUCUCUUAAGACAGUUACUGAUAUUCAUACCGUAACACAAUGAGCAUUCAGAAGCCUUGCCAAAUCAAUUUUUUAAAGUUCAGUUGCAAUUUACCAUGAAGUUUUUUGAGUCAUCUCCACAUUCAUUCUUAAAUAUAAAAUGAAAAACACAUUUACUGGAAAUAUCCUCUCAGAACUGAAAUGACACAUGCCAGAUCCCUGACCUAUAGGCACUUGAUAAAAUUAGGUGAUGUCUAUGAUGCAAUACAGCUUCUGGGAAAAAAAAAAAAAAGAAAGAAAGGAAGAAAA